GGGUAGCCUGGGUGAAGAGGGUGCACUGCAUUUGGCAGUGGGCUUCUGACUGAAAAUACGUAGCUGAAGAGUCUGUGCUGCAGCCUCAGAGGGUCCAGGCCUGGGAUCGUUGCAAAUCCUAAUGUGCUGUACCUGCCUGAAAAUGGGAGCCAUCCAAUUUCCAACACAAUAUGUCAGGCCAUGAGGAAUCAACCAAGAUUCCAGAAGUAGGGCUUGAAUCCACCUCGUUCGUGAAGAAAAGAUGUGACAUGCGUGCUCCUGGUGACAGCGGCAGGAUCUGAGCAGUUGAAUUGCUUCACCCAGACGCUGGAAGAUCUCUAUUGCUUCUGGACUGAAAUGGACGAUGGUGACCCCAGUGAAUACCGACUGUCCUACCAGUACCUGUACCAGGACGAUAAUGAGAAGAAAGAAUGUCACCUUUCCGCACAAAGGAUUGGCAGUAACAUGAGCCGUUACAUCUGCACACUUCCUACAAUGGAUGUUUCUCUCUUCGCUCCAUUGGAAAUUGAAGUGUCACUGAAUUCGAGUGUGGCCAUGACGAGACGGGUCAUCUACAUUAACAACAUCGUUGUCUUAGAUCCACCAUCCAACGUGACAGUGCAACGGACCGGGAAGCCUGGCCAACUGCAUGUGAAAUGGUCAGCACCUCAGCUGAAGUACUUGGAAAACUCUCUGUUGUACGAAGUCAACUUUUCAUCAGUUGGUUCCAAUGUGCAAAAGGUGGAGACCAUCAAAGAGAAGACAGAAUGCAUCAUUUUGAAGCUUGAAUCUCAGACUGAGUACCUUGUCAGUAUCCGUGCAAAGCCUGAUGGAGUGUCCAUAGACGGCUACUGGACAGCAUGGUCCAAGCCUGUGUCUGCCAUUACAGAUUCAGACUUGGAUCCACUGAUUCUCAGCUUGUCCUUAGUCCUUGUAGUGAUCAUUAUGUUGCUGUUUCUGACCAUCCUUAUGACCCACCGCAGAAUGAUCAAGGAAAAGAUUUGGCCUCUGGUGCCCUCCCCUGAGAAUAUGUUUGAUGGAUUGUUCACUGUGUACAGGGGUAAUUUCCAGGAGUGGCUCAAUUGGAGCAGCGCACAAAUCUGGUGGAAUCUGCAAUUUUUCAGCACCGAUGAGCCAGCCACCACGCUGGAGAUCCUGUCUGAGACAAAGACGUAUUGUCCCGGUCUGCCCGCAAUCAAACAUCAGGAGGCCUUCCUAGGUGAGCGAAGCUUCCUGGUGUCCAGGCCCAACCCAUUCAAGCUGCAGCGGAAUGAGGGCUUGCUGGAAGCACCCGACGCCAGGGAGGUCUACGUUGUCUUGAAUCAGAAUUUCUUCCCUGGUCGCCCCUCCCUGUCUGACAGCUGCAGUCUCGCACAGAGCAGCAACGAUGUCUCAGAGGAGGAGAUGCCUUUGAAGUUGUUGUUUGAGAGCUCCAGACCGGGUUCCGAGGAGGACAGGUCUUCCAUUGGAGAGAACUCUUCGCAGCAAGACUGCAUCUCGCGCCAGUCAUCGCUGUCGAACAGGAUCGAGGCAGGGAGUCCUGAGACACGGAUAGCUUUUGACUAUGCUAAGUAUGAUCCCAGUGGACGAUUACUUUACCUGAAUCCAUUAAGGUUCAAGUGGGAGAGUGACAGAAAUUACCUUCUGAUGUCAGACUCUGGGAUCUCUGCUGAUUUCAGUACCACAGACAUCCCAUCACAUGGGGACAUAGCAAGCUCAUACACAAAUCUUUACAAGAGGGAUGAUCUUCCAAAGUGCCUACAGAUCAUACAUCCAGAAUCUUGAGAGCCACUCAACUGGGCAUGAAGCAUCUUUACUGACCACUUUCUUUCGACGCUCUCGGGAGUGAAUGGGAGCUGACUUACAGCUAAAUUCAAAUUGGUAGGGACUCAGGGUGGUGUGUUGUAACAUGUACUUCAUUUGAGCUGAAAGAUUACGAUGAGCAAAUUUGUUUCCAUGCCCGGCUGACAACGUAACGUGCCACACCAAUCUGAAGGUGAACAAACAGCAGGACUGAGACCUUACUCAGACCAAAGGGAGUAGCACGGGGCUUUAGAGAGAGCUACUGGUUGCGACGGACCCGGUUCCCCUUGGAAAGUGUCCAUCUAAUUUCAUGAGGAGUGGAGGGGCAGGAGAGAGCGGGUAGAUGGAGGAGGCAGGGGCAUCUACUUGCUGCAGAGAAAGAGGAGGGGUGCCAAGGUCAGUCCCUGGUCAGAGAGUGUUCACUUUGGAGAAGAAACCAGAGAAUGUGAAGGCAAACCCGUUAUCUUGAGUACACUGAUGGCACUAUCUCGACUAAAGUGUUUUAAUGUACAGUGACAUUAAAAUGGGAAAGACUAUCUGGGUUUUGAGGUGUAUGAACAUAGAUCAGGAAGGCCCUACAUCAACCACUCCCCCAACACAACACGCACACAAACAAAUACACAUACACACUCUCAAAUAUACUCUCUCUCAUGCGCACACUCUUUCAUACACAGACACAGUCUCAAACAUACACUGUCACAUACUUUCUCAUGCACCCACACACUCACUCUUGCACACUCACACUGUCUUACACUCACUUUCUCUCACACUCACACACACACCCAUUCAUACACAAACUCUCUCUCUCUCACACUCACACAGUCGUUCACACGUACGCAGUCUCUCACGCUAGUUCUGCUCUCCAAAUUUGAGUCGAGCAGAAGACCCAACCAUGAUGGUCACAGUAGCUUGCACUGUCCAAAAUAAGAGCAAUGACUGACUGAAAUAAGAUGCUGAAUGGAGGGGGAAGGGAGGACAAAAAGUUGGUGAGGAAUGUGCCUCAGACUGCAGGAGAACAAUUGUUUUUUUUCUUCACAACCACACAGUUUAUCAGUUCUUAAAGUGCUGUCAUGUCGAUGACUAAACAUUAUCAGCAAAGAGUCUGUGAUGGGGGAUAGAGAGAAAAAAUGUUGAAUGUUGUGUUCUUCAAAUCACAACACACCCACAGCCAAGUUCCAAAGAAUUUUGAGGGGCCUUUGUAGGGUAGAUUGAGUGAAGAUACUAUGGGUUUUGUUUGUUCUUGGAUUCCCAUGACACUUGGGUGUUUUGGAUGAAUAGAGGGUACAGAAGAAACUGUGAAAUCUGUUCCCACUGUGACAUGGGGAAACUUUAAAGUCACACAUGAACACUGUUUGAGCAACUUAAUGUGACUGGAAACACAAAUUCAUCACAUUUUAAUUCCUGUAGACUUAUCAUUAAUGUAGCAGACUCCACGCUUUGUAAACCCUAAUUGUUCAAAAUUUUACGCAUUAUAUACAUUUCUAAUGGCAGCUGACUGAAUCACUUAGACAAUCUUGCUUCAAAUAUUCCUCAGGUUUUGCAGAGUCUCUCAGCACAGUGCAGAAAAGACAUUUCUCCUGUGCUCUGUUCCUUGUACAUUUAAUCUCGAAACUGCUGUCAGGCUGUCGGAAGAACAAAGGAGGUGUGACAAUGGACACAGAUGGUGCAAUGAAUCUCUAUAGCAUCACUGACAUUUUUAUACAUCCUGUUCUGACACACCUCUGAAGUGGGUAGGACUGGAACCCAGGACUUCUAGCUCAACGAUAGGGACACUACCUCCACACCAUGAGAGGAAAGGUAAGUCACGCUCCCAAAAUACAGGGGUUCCCAAUUUACAAACAUGCUCAUCCUUACGAAUGCUUUCUCAGUCAGGAAUUUAAUUUUAAAGAUCUGAUGUAUGAAGAUUUCCCAUGCUUACAAAUGACUCAUUGCAUACAACUUGACCUGCAAACGGACUCUGUUAGUGACCUGGGGACUAAGUUUGGUGGACAAAUAGGCUGUUUCUAGACCUAUUUGCUGAAGGUUCCUAAUGCAGAGGGGAGCUAAAUCCAUCUUGUUUUACAGGGCUAAGUUAAAUCAUGUUCUUGUGGUUGUGAUGUAGAAUAAGAUCUACAUAAUUGUGUGUCAUAACACGACUGCGAUAGCAAUCCACUCAAGUGAUGGCUCAAUUUCCUGCUUAUAACCAGAAAGCCAUUUUGGCUCAAGGUGCACAUUACUGUAAAACAUAAAGACAAACAAUAUUUAGACACAGCAACUGUAGAUAGUUAACGUUUCAGGUCAUUGACCUUUUGUCAGACAUAAGGAAUUUCCUGAUUUAUUUCAGAUUUCCGAUAUUCUGUGUCUUUGGUUUCACUGUAAAAUUUAAACUUCUGUACAUAAAAGGUUUUAUUCUUAUAGAAAGCAUUUUUACAAUGUUUAAAAAGUAUUUUGUAUAACAGUUGCCUAUUUUGGAUACUUUUCUAUGAAUAAAAUUGAUUGUUUUUUUUAUAUGCAUUUUUGUUUCUGUCCCCUUUGUUAAUUUUUUUGUUUCUUUUAACUCGUAAAAAUCGAUAUCUCACUUCAUACAGGACUGUAGCGCGUUCACUUUUAAGUUGUUCCAUGUGUGGGCAAGAUUGAUUGUAUUACCAAUUAUUGCAUCGUUUAAAAAUAUACUUGUGCUGUUAAUUACAAGUAAAAAGUUUAUUUUUGUAAUUAAAAUUAAAAAUCAGGAAAGAACUAUGUCAUCCAUCCCUGAAGGAAA